CCACAAAUACAGUACCAGUCACCCCCGCUGACCAAGGAAGGGGUGUAUGUGUUGUGUGAUUGUACAUGUUUCUUUGGUUGAGAAGAGGACUUUCCUGCCCUGGAUUGAUAUAUAUGACUGCACCCUACUGUUGUUUCCUCCAUCUGAUGCCUGGGAUUUCCUGAACCUGGAGUUCAACAGCUGACUCACACAAGCCUGGAAUUCCUAAAUUGAGGACCUGCAAUAGAACUAAAGUUUUCAGACGACAGCCGUCGUCAGGAACCACGCACUGCUUUGUGAGUUUCUUGUGCGCGAUAGCUGCCCAUACGUUGGUGGAGCACUCCAGAUGACGCUUCCUCACACAUGCCAGGACAUCGGCGUUUAUCGGAGCUGGACAUGGAGAGAAUUUAAUUUAAGCUCAACAGGAUCAAUUAUUCACAAGGGCAUAAUUUAGCCGCCUAUCAUGAUGAGGAUAGAGGAAGAGAGACUCCUGCUGUUUCUUCUUUUGCUGCUGGUCUCCUUCCUGCAGAGGGUUCAGUCUGCCAAGUCCUCCCAUCACCAUGAUUCUCGCCGCCAUUCACGAGAGCACCAAAACCAUCGGCAGCACCAGAACAUCACACUGGCCAUCAUCCUACCACAGAAGAACACUGCUUACCCCUGGGCCUGGCCCCGUGUGGGGCCAGCUGUGAACCGAGCCAUCGACACUAUCAACGCUGACCCGACGCUCCUCCCCAAUCAUCAGCUGGUUUACCUAUUUGAGAACAGUGAGAACAAGCAGGGCAUCUGCUCCGAGUCCAUCGCCCCGCUUAUGGCAGUAGACCUCAAGUUUGCGCACAACCCCUGGGCGUUCAUUGGGCCAGGCUGUGUGUAUACCUCAUCACCAGUGGGCCUUUUCACAACCCACUGGGAUAUCCCCAUGGUAACCGCUGGUGCCCCGGCUGUGGGCUUCAAUGGCAUCAACUUGUACCCGUCCAUUACCAACACGGGCCCCACACACAAGAAGCUGGGAACGUUUGGCCUCCACAUCUGCAAGCACUUUGGCUGGCAGGAGCAGCUGCUGCUCAUGUUCAGUGACAACAAAACCGAUGACCGGCCGUGCUACUUUGCUAUUGAGGGGCUUUACACAGAGCUUAAAUCCAACAACAUCACCACAAUGGACCUGGUGUUUGAAGAGAAUGUCGUGCCAGUCAACUACUCUGACCUGCUCCACACCAUCAGCCAAAGUGGCCGAGUUGUGUUUGUGUGUUGCUCUCAGCAUAUAUUCAGGCAGCUCAUGGUUAACUUCAAGCAGGCAGGACUUCCUCAAGAGGAGUUUGUCUUCUUCUACAUUGACUUGUUUGGACAAAGCCUGGACUCCCAGAAUGCUCAACCAUGGGCCAGAGGGGACCAAAAUGACCCUAUCGCCAAGGAGGCCUUCCAGAGUGUGAAGAUCCUCACCUACAGUGAACCACAAAACCCUGAAUAUAAAGACUUUGUGAGAAACCUAAAGACAGAUGCCAAGAGAAUGUUCAACUUUACAGUGGAUGACUCACUGAUGAACAUCAUUUCUGGAGGAUUCUACGAUGGGUUGAUGCUUUACUCUCAUGCCCUGAACGAGACGAUGACAACAUCAGAGGACAGACCUGUGGGGAAGAACGUAACCAGAAGGAUGUGGAACCGCACCUACAAUGGUGUGACAGGUUUGGUGCAGAUAGAUGAGAAUGGGGACAGAGAGACCGACUUUGCCCUCUGGGACAUGACUGAAACAGACACCAGUAAUUUCCAGAUCGUCCAGGUGUUCAACGGCUCUCAGAAGAAGCUGAUGGCUGUAUCAGGAAAAAGGAUUCACUGGCCAGGGGGCUCUGCUCCUCUGGACGUCCCCGUCUGCGGCUUCAAGAAGGACAACCCAGCCUGCCUCGCACGAACCAUCACCAUUCUCCAGAUGGUCACAAUUGUGGUGUUCUUCAUCAUUAUCAUCAUCCUCACCAUAUCUGUCUUCAUAUACAGGAAGUUGAAGCUUGAGGAGGAGUUGGUGGCUCAGCUGUGGAGGAUCUCCUGGGAGGAUAUUCAGAUGAGCAACCUGGAAAAAUUAGUGCGGAGCGCAGGCAGCAAGUUCACCUUGUCCCUGAGGGGCUCCAACUACGGUUCUUUACUAACUGGAGAUGGAAACUUUCAGGUGUUCGCUAAAACGGGCUACUACAAGGGGAACCUAGUAGCCAUCAAGAACAUCAACAGGAAACGCAUUGAGCUAACCCGAAAUGUGCUGUUUGAACUGAAACAUAUGCGUGAUGUUCAGAACGAGCACCUGACCCGCUUCAUCGGAGCCUGUAUCGACCCUCCCAACAUCUGCAUCAUCACAGAGUACUGCCCCCGGGGCAGCCUGCAGGACAUCAUGGAAAACGAAAGCAUCACGCUGGAUUGGAUAUUCAAAUACUCUUUAAUCAACGACAUUGUCAAGGGCAUGGCGUUCCUCCACAACAGUGUCAUCAUCUCCCAUGGCAACCUGAAGUCAUCCAACUGCGUGGUUGAUAACCGCUUUGUGUUGAAGAUCACAGACUACGGCCUGUCCAGUUUCCGUGCCGGGAGCGACACAGAUGACGAUGCCCAUUCUUACUAUGCCCGGAAGCUGUGGAUGGCCCCUGAACUGCUGAGAGUGGACUGUCCCCCACCUGGUGGCACCCAGAAGGCUGAUGUCUACAGCUUUGGUGUUGUUCUCCAGGAGGUGGCGCUGCGCCAUGGAGCCUUCUAUCUGGAGGGGGAACCUCUCAGUCCCAAAGAGAUAGUGGACCGGGUCAUUCUAGGGGAGUGGCCGUACCUGCGGCCUUCAGUCAACCCUCAGAUGCACAGCAAGGAGCUGGGCCAACUCAUGCAGCGCUGCUGGGCAGAGGAGCCCAGCGAAAGGCCCGAGUUCAACCACAUCAAACUUCUGCUGCACAAACAGAACAGGGAGUGCAGCACUAACAUCCUGGAUAACCUGCUGUCCCGUAUGGAGCAGUAUGCAAACAACCUGGAGGAGCUGGUGGAGGAGAGAACGCAGGCCUACCAUGAGGAGAGACGCAAGGCUGAGGCCCUGCUCUACCAGAUACUACCACAUUCAGUGGCCGAGCAGCUGAAGAGAGGGGAGACGGUGCAGGCAGAGGCCUUUGACUCCGUCACCAUCUACUUCAGUGACAUAGUGGGCUUCACUGCCAUAUCAUCCGAGAGCACGCCCAUGCAGGUGGUGACCCUUCUCAAUGACCUCUACACCUGCUUCGAUGCCAUCAUAGACAACUUUGACGUUUACAAGGUGGAGACCAUCGGUGAUGCAUACAUGGUGGUGUCCGGCCUGCCUGUAAGGAAUGGGAAGCUGCACGGCAGAGAAAUCGCCCGCAUGGCUCUGGCUCUGCUCGAUGCCGUGCGCACCUUCAAGAUCCGCCACCAGCCAGACCAGCAGCUCAAACUGCGCAUUGGCAUCCACAGUGGUCCGGUGUGUGCAGGAGUGGUGGGGCUGAAGAUGCCACGGUAUUGUCUGUUUGGAGACACAGUCAACACCUCCUCAAGGCUGGAGUCCAAUGGUGAAGCUCUGAAGAUUCAUGUGUCUGCUGCCACGCGUGACGUCCUCCAGGAGUUCAACUGCUUCCAGCUGGAGCUGAGAGGAGACGUGGAGAUGAAGGGCAAGGGGAAGAUGACUACCUAUUGGCUACUGGGGGAGAGCAAAAUCCAAGAGUUAACAAGCUAAAGGGACAACACCAAGGAAAGAAGCGCAGGAGGCCAGAAAAGGGAUGAAUUUCAUGAUUGAAGAGGGUUGGAGGCAAACACGAGAAAAUUAAGUGGAGCCAUUGAUUGAAGUGGCCUGGUGCAGGAAUGAUUUGCAGAGGGAGAAAGAUGAGGUCAAGGAUGAAGGAAAAUGAGGAUGUGGAGAACCUUGGUCACUUCAUCCCUCCUUCAGUUGUCUAGAUUCUAAGGAGAUAUAGUUAGUGUUUAUUUCAUGUUAUGUUUGUUCGUGUUUUUAGUUUUCUUUUCUAUGUUUGAGGUUCUGAAUGAAACACUAAUGGUAUUGUUGUAUUUUAAUGAACAUGUGAUAUUUCAUUCAUUUCCAUGGCACUGUGUGUGAUCAUUCAUUCCCAGACCCAACCAGAUGGUAGUCUAUUUUUGGGUGUUUGUAUAGUACUGAAUAUCUUGGGAUAUGAUUUCUUUACAGUCAUAUCAGUCAUAUUAUUUUGUACAAUACAGAUGUUGUUUAUCUCUUAAUAGAUUAUUUUUUUAUUGCCUGAAGGGCAAGUCACAGAAAUGCACUUAAAAAACAUAAAAAUACUCUGGUGAAAUAAAGAAAAGCAUCCAAUUUCUUUGACAGCAUAUACUGUUUGAUUAUUCACAGUAAAAGUAUGAAUGAGUCUGUCUAAUCUGAGUUCAGUGUAAUUCAUUGUGGGUUUCAAACACACAUACUGCUUAUAUCAUACACAUUGAAAUUGGGAUGACUGAGCAGCAUGUCCUGAACAGGGAUCAGUAGGGACUCACUAGACAUGUCUGAAAUGCUGGAACUAUGAUCAUUAUCUUAGGAAAAUGAUGGACAAGACACCGCAACACAAACUGAGCGAUCAUUUCAUAAAAGGUCACUAGCAGGGAACUCUUACAGGGUUUGGUGUUCAUAAUAACCUGUGACUUUGAGACUUGAGAGUCAAUGGUAUGUUGUUUUUUUUGCAAGAUCAAGGCAGUGGUGUUCACCAUCUGUUCAGAAGUCUUGAAUAGGUCAAAAAUGUAUAUAAGACAUUAUAUAUCCACUUCAUGUGAAGGCAUAUGUUUUCUGUUCAUUGGGUUUUUCUGAUAUAAUCAGUAAAUACACAAACAUUUACAACUGGUUGUUUUACAUUGUUUAUGUGUACGUGUUUAAUGUCAGUUAAUCCCAAGCAUGUGUGUGAGAAAGGCAUUAUUAGAAGGUUUAAACAACGUGCC